AUGAAGUACACAGUCUAUGACCGCUUACUCAAGCGCGAAGUCGGACAACAGCCCAGGAAAUACUCCGACAUUCGAUCGAUAUACGGUGAUCGCAAAUGGAUUAACGACCUUGACAUCGUGAACGAGCUAGAAGGCCACAACGGAUGCGUCAAUGCUCUUAGUUGGUCAACUUCAGGCCGGUUACUUGCCUCUGGCUCUGACGACCAUCGCAUCAAUAUCCACUCGUACCACCCCGAAUCGUCCACCUCGCAGUUCAGCCUCACGACUUCUAUCGAGACGGGUCACCGGUCCAACAUCUUCUCGGUGAAGUUCAUGCCCUACUCGAACGAUCGCACCAUUGUCAGCGCAACAGACGAUGUAAGGAUAUUCGAUAUCGAAUACUCAGGGCACUCGGCCCUCCGGUCUACUGGCAGAUCCAACAGCGGAGGAAGUGCAGGCAGAGCACGCAGUAGGGUGACGCUCACAGAAGCUGACACCAACGCAAAAGCAUUCCGUUGCCACACCGACACUGUCAAGCGCAUCGUCACAGAAGACAAUCCCUUCUACUUCCUUACAUGCUCGAACGACGGAGAAGUACGGCAGUGGGACGUACGGCAACCUUCAAGGGCAUAUCCGCCUGCACGGGACACCAUGCUACCUGCCUGGGCGAGAGACGAAGACGCAUCAGACAGUAUUCCGCCGCCGCUCAUCUCGUAUGGCAGGUAUGGACUGGAUCUCAACACAGUAUCUUGCUCGCCUAGUCAGCCGCACUACAUCGCAUUGGGUGGAGCGCAUCUCCAUUGCUUCUUACAUGAUCGACGUAUGCUCGGCCGUGACAUCAACAACGAGCGGGGAUCCAGACUUUCUAGUCCAGGAAACUGGAGUGAGAAUGAUGAAGAGCUGUUAGGAAAGGCAACACAAUGCGUCAAGAAAUUUGCGCCUAACGGGAAGCGUCGCAUGAACAGAAGCGACGGCGGUCACAUUACAGCGUGCAAGAUUAGUGAUGCUGAGCCAAAUGAGCUCAUCGUGAGUUGGUCUCAGGAUCACAUUUACAGUUUCGACAUCCUGAGGGCCCCAGACGCUAGAGAGAAUGUGAAACCCGUCAAGACGUCAAACAGUGGAUCUAGCCAUCGUGUGAAGGACACAAGUAGGAAGCGCAAGCGACCAAAGUCUAGCACCUUGUCACAAGAAGGUGUGGAGAGAGCAGAGUCGAGAGCACGAACCGCAAGUGCUGAUGAGGACCUGGCACUCCGAGUGACCUACGGAAACGGUCAAAGUGAAGAUAUUCGCAUUCAUCCUCCUGCCGAGAACCGCAUGACCCAAGAAGAGUUGAAUGAUCUGCGAGCAUCGGAUCAUUACCGUAUUGCAAGCACAACUGUCAAAAUAGCAAAGCAAAUCUUUGAGCUUGGAGAGCUCGGUGAGUCAGGACUCCGACUUGCAUGCACAUCUAUCGUAGGUCUGGCGCAUUCAGUCUUGUCCGACAUGGAUGAUAUAGACAGGACUUGGGGCUAUCCGAUCGACCCAGAUCCGGUAGACGUCGCAGUUCAAAACAAGCUCCGCGAUAGCAGAGCGGCCUCUCGUCGCUUCGUACAAGCAGCUGGGACGUUAGCCCGUGUACUGGGGGGACAGCUCUUGACCGGGUCCAGCUCCGAUGCACUGAUUGCUCAGUAUUUCGCGUCUAUACAACCGGCGCCGCGAGAACGCGAGCUUCCACAACACGAACAGUUUGGAUAUGAUUUCCUGAAAGCUAUACUAUUGUGGAUCGACAGUGGCCCUGCUGCAGUUGUGGAGGGGUUUUCGCGUCGAAGUGGCAGCGCUCGCUUCCCCAUUCCAUAUGAUUCUGAUUUGGAUGCUAUCCAGGAGCGGUUGGUUCCAUAUCUGCUUGAAUUGGCAAGCGAUAAUAGCAUCGUCAACGUGGAUGCUUCCAAGUUCGAGACAGACACUACUCGGAUAUUGUUCGACUCCGAAUUCGAGGCUGUAGAUACCUUUGGCCAUGCACUCAAAGUACCCUUUGCUGACCUUACUGGCGAGAGAGAUCCAACAUCAGAGUCAGAAUCUUCUAGUGAGCCCACGCAGACUCGAGCUGCAGCAAAACGGAGAUGGGUGUAUCAAGUUGGGAGGGGUGUACUACGCAAUGCAGCCAAGGAUAUCAAGUUUGCUUUUGUGGAUCGCGCCUUUGGUGGUCAGGGUAUAUCAGACAAGACGAUCAGGGCGGAAGAGAAAGCAUUGAGAGAACGACAGGAGGAAAUUGAUACCACAGUAGAUGAGGGGCCGGUUCGGGAUGCGGAACUCGUCAGCACAGCAGCACGAGAGAACAGCGACCGGGAAGAGGCUACUCUAAGCGCUUCUCAUGCGAACGAGUCGGAAUCAGUGGUCGUUGAGAGUGCUGAUGAAGAUGAUGAAGAAGAGGAUGAUGAUGAUGAUGAUGACGACACCGACGGUGAUGCAGACUCGGACGACGGAGAACAGGAAGACGAUGACGACUCUGACUCCGUCGACGAAGAAGGACUUCAACGUACACGAUCUGGACACAUGCUCUGGCGAUCAGACUUCAGCCGCAGUCGUUACAGGCGAUGGAGAGUCGAGCGCGACGUCCCUUGUAUACCCCAUACACGUGUCUACACUGGCCAUUGCAACGUCAAGACAGUCAAGGACGUGAACUAUUUCGGCCUGCAGGACGAAUACGUCGUCAGCGGGAGUGACUCUGGGCACGUUUUCAUUUGGGAUCGCAAAACAGCAGAGCUUGUCAACAUCUUGGAGGGAGAUGGUGAGGUGGUGAAUGUUGUUCAGGGUCACCCCUACGAACCCACAAUGGCAGUUUCCGGUAUCGACCACACGAUCAAGAUCUUCUCUCCAGACGCCCACCUGCAGCGUAACGCACGCAAAGGCGUCGGCGUGCAAUCAUCUGAUCCAGGUUCCUUUUCCAGUCUCAAUUUUGGCCGUAGGCGGCGUAACCGCGCCGCCGAGCCUUCUACUGAGGCUACUGAGAGUGAGUCUGCAGUCGACGCUCCCAGUGACAGCGAUGACGAAGUUGCCCCUGGUGGACUGAGCAGUCGGAAGAGGAUGCACCAGAGUUAUCAGAUUACGAGCCAGAACGAUAUGGAUAGGAAGGGUGGGAGGGAUGAUUAUUUCAUCAGUCAAGCUGUUUUCGCGCAGUUGGCGAGGCAUAUUGCGAGGGGGCAGGGUGGAGGUGAGGAGGGAGGAGAAGGUGGACCGGUUAUCAUUACUGAGGAGAAUUGUAACAUCAUGUAG